CAUCUCUCUUAACCGAUUACUGGCAAAUUACCGGAUAGUUUCUAAAUAUGUCAGAAAAUACGAAUUUCGGAGAUACUCUUCACAACGUAUCAUCGAAUGAGCAUGUACAAUUCAUCCCCUAAUCCUAACGAACUCUCAGAUCAUUGGGCUUUGAAGCUCUAUUCGUACACAUUCGUAACACUGUUCGGAGCAUUGGCGGUUAUCAUUUUCAUUGCUUUCGUUCAGCAAUGGGUACAGGCUGCAAGAAACGGAAAUAAUCAUGGCCGAUUUAUAACAGUUGAGUUACUACUUGCUGCAACGCUCAAAUUUCUCAGACAUCUCAUCAUUCCACUGUUCUUACAGGAUGCGCCAAAGGAAAUUUUCAUGGCAGACUUAUUCAUAGAGUCCUUCUCGGAGGCUUUAAUACUAUCCGCAUUUAGCAUUCUGCUUCUUAUACUUCUAGAAACAACCAAGACUUCACUGACAGCUCCAAAGCUACAGAACAUUUGGGUUUUGCUUUGUAUUACGGCUGCUUAUACAGCAAUUUUACUGAUAUUUAGCUUGCUAGUAUUCUACAGGCUCCGAGGAAUCUGGCAUUUACUUUCGAAUUCGAUUCUCUCCGUCUUGGGAAUAGUAAUUUGCGUCGGAUACAUCGUUGCAGGAUACAGAAUGUGGAGGAACUUAAAAUCAUCGCGACAACUAGGACGCGCUACGGGCGAGCCAAGAUCAAAAUAUAUUAUCAGGCAAGUAUUUAUAUCAGCUUUUUUAGCUGCACUGAUGCUAGUGCUGAGUAUUGUACUGGACGCAAAGAACUACAGCUUGUACACAGGUAGAAAGGUAACUAGAGAGUGGUUUUGGUCAACAUAUGCAAUCAUGUUUCUAAAAAGAAGUGGCGAGUUUGCCGUAAUGUCUUUGAUCUUUGGAAUCGUUGUGUGGAAAAAAGUCAGGGGCCGCUUUGUGAAUGACGCUCCGGCAAUAACGCUCGGAACAUUCAGCGACGACACAACGAGUAAACACCACAGGGAAGAACAAGACAUGGACAAGACUAUCAUAGUGAACAAAGUUAACUAA